AUGUGUAAGCAUAAUCCUAGAAUAAAUAAUGACCUUACAGAUUUUAUCUGCAGGGAAUUACAGAAAAUUUACGCACCUUGGUGUCCUGCUUGCAAAUCACUAGAAACUACUUGGGAAGAGUUUGCAGCUUCUAGCAAAAAAUUAGGUAUUAGCGUUGGAAAAUCAGAUGUUACUACUAACCCAGCAAUUAUAUGUUGGGAUGGCAUUGUACCUCCAACAUAUCUUAAGGAAGCUUGCAAGUUUGGCCCGAAAUUCGUCCCGCAACCCUUACUCACACACGAAAAGAUCGUGCCGGACGUUGAGCAAGCAAUAGAAGGGCUCAGUGAGAUUAAGAAAGAAAUGUUUCGAUGGGAGAUUGGGCUUAAAAUCAAACAACUAAAUAAGAAAUGUGUUAGCAACCAAAUAUGGAGUAAUAUCAGAAAAAGCAAAGAAUGGCUUAAAAGGAAUAACAUCGUACUUACAAGAGCCGACAAAUCUAAAGACAUAGUAAUUAUGGAAAGAAAUACAUACGAUGAUUUGUUGCUAAAAUACAUAAAGGAAACAAAAUGUAUUGUUGCACACCCACGUGCGUUGGAGAGGCUGCAUACAAGAAUCAAGCAAUUCGCUAAAACACCACUUGCAAAAGAGCUGGGUAUGACGAAAAUAGUAGUCACCUCCCCAUCGAUGCCGAGGCUAUUCGGAUUUGCCAAGACGCAUAAAACCGGAAAAAAUAUUAGGCCGGUCGUAGAUAAAGGAUAUUCGCCUACAAUACUACUAGAAAGAUCAGUCAAAAGCUUUGUUAACACACAUUUACCCACGCACAAAUACAGCAUAAAAAAUCCGCUAGAGCUGCUCCAUAAAAUGGAAAAUAUGAAAAAACAAGAAGGAAGAUAUAUGACAGUAUUGGAUUUUAAAGCACUAUAUCCGUCCAUAAAACUAGAGCCUUGCUUUUGCCACUUAAGGGAUUUCUUAUUAAGCAGAAUCAAUAACGCAGAAAAAAAGAGGAAACAGAUACUAGAGCUGACGCAUCUGGCCACAUAUUCUUCGAUAUUUAACUUUAAAGGGGUCACUUAUGCGCAGCAGAAAGGUGUGGCUAUGGGAAGCCCAAUAGCAGGUACGUUAUGCGAAAUGGUUUUGAGAACAUUAGAGAACACCAUCAUACCAAAGUAUGAAAUGCAAAUCGUGAUAUAUGCAAGGUAUGUAGACGAUGUUUUUAUCGUAUGGAAGGAAAAACCAAAAUUACAGCAAUUUAUUAAAGACAUCAACGACAACAAAUUCGGCCUAGAAAUUGAGCUGGAACAAGAGAACGACAAAACGGUGCAUUUGCUGGAUUUAACAAUACAAUUAGAUAGAGGAGAUAUAAUCACAAAGAUUUACAGAAAACCUACAUACAACCCAUUAUUUAUACCCUGGAAUUCACACGACCCAGCAGCAUAUAAACUCGCAGCAUUUAGGGCGCUCAUAGCAAGAGCUCAAACGCACUGUAGCAAAAUGCAAGACAGAAAUGAAGAGCUGCAUUACAUCAAAAAUAUAGCAAGGCAAUUUGGGGUUAACAUUAAGCCUCUAACCAACAAAACAUCCAACAAAACUACAACAGAAAGCAAAGAGAGGAACGUAAGAGUUAAUAGAGAAGAGUUUACUUUAUUAGAAUACAGAGCUCAGUUAAAUAAUAUAUAUAAAAGAAUCGGAGCAGCAACGAACAAGAAAAUAAUUUACAAAAGGAAUUCAACAGUGUAUCAAAUGUUAAGAACAGACAAAGACGAGAUAGACGGUAACCUUCUUCCUGGGGUAUACAGAAUUCCAAUAACAGAUACAAGACGGCAAAAAGAGCUAUUUUAUAUUGGGGCUACAAGAAGAUCGCUCAAAGAAAGGAUUAUAGAGCAUAAAAGAAACAUAAGGAAUGAGCAGCCAGCCACAGCGCUAGCGACAUACAUCCUAGCAGACCCUACAGACGUCACAGCUGAGUGGGAUAAGGCAAAGUUAAUACAAAAAAUUCAUGGAAAACGGCAUCUAAAAUACGCAGAAGCGUGGCAUAUUUGUAAAAGUAAUCAAGAAGGAACAGCAAUUAACUUUAGAGAAGCAAGUAGAAUAUCGGAAGCGUGGAGAUCAAGCCUAAUAUAA